AUGAGCGUGAAUUCCGGCGCCUUAACCUCACGUUCGGUUCAUCCCGCAUCGCCAGUUCUGCUUACCAAAAAUGGCCCACUAGAAACUCUCAUUCGAUGGCCGUGGUCUUUCGCCCCUAUACCCAAAUUUGACGAUCGAUUUGCACGUCAGAAUCGCUACGAGCCUCCACCAGAGUUUCCUCUGGCUUCACCCUAUUCAGGCAUAGUUCACCAUCUUUCGGGUCCCAACAGACAUGCUCUUACUCAAAUCUUUCAAAGAAUAUCCAGAUCGGUCGAUGGUGCGUUCCCACUCCUUGGUCCGUGUUUCAAGACGGGUCGUUUAAAGCCAUUAC